ACUUCAACUACACAAACGACAGAAACACCAGCCACAACAACGGAAACAGAAGCAAUAACUACGAUAGCGACAGAAACAAUAGAAUCAGAAACACCAGUCACGACAACAGAAACACAAGUCACGACAACAGAAACACAAGUCACGACAACAGAAACACUAACAUCAUGUUCAACGUCAUCACCAACGUUUCCAAUUUCGACUGAUGGUGCAUGCGGGCCUAAAAAUGGAAAUGCUGUAUGUCCUAAUGAUGAUUGUUGUUCAGUAAAUGGAUUUUGUGGAUCAACAAAAGAUCAUUGCGGAACAGGUUGCCAACAAGAUUUUGGAUUUUGUGGUAUAAUUAAUGAUGGUUUAGAAAUAAUUACUACUUGUUCCAACAAAAAUACUAUUGCUAUUACUUUUGAUGAUGGUCCAAGACAGAUAACUUCUAGACUUCUUGAUGAGCUUGCUGGUCGAGAAGCAAAAGCAACAUUCUUUAUUAAUGGUCAUGCAGAACCAGGAUCUUGCAUUUAUGAUUUCGCCGAUAUAAUUCAACGUGCUCAUACCGAAGGUCAUUUAUUAGGUUCACAUACUUGGUCACAUCCUCAUUUAGCUCAAGUAAAUGAAUCAGAAAUUGUUUAUCAAUUAGAUCAAUUAGAAACGGCAUUUAAUAAAAUUCUUGGUACCACACCAAAAUAUUUCAGACCUCCAUUUGGUGAAGGAUUGAAUGAUCCUACACUUCGUAAGGAAUUAAUAAAAAGGGGUUAUAAAGUAGCAUUAUGGGAUAUUGAUACUCGAGAUUUUGAUGAGGAUUUUAAAACAUCAAAAGAACUAUUUUUACAACAAUUUAAUGCAUCAGAAAAAGGUACACCACAUAUUGUUUUAAAUCAUGACAGAGUAGUAACUACAAGUGAAUUAUUGGGUCUGUUUGAAGUAGAAUAUUCUAUUUCUCAAGGAUAUCAAGUACAAACAGUAGCUGAUUGUACAGGUGAUAUUAAUCCCGAAGAUUGGUAUAAUGGACCAGUAAUAUUUGGAACUAGAGAUGAUACAUGGAAAUGUACUUCGGAUGAUAUGCAUUUACAAAUUCCCAGUUUAGAAUCUUAA